CGUGUCUUCUUCAACGGAAACCAUUUUCGUCGCAAGGUUGAUGUCGUGUCUAGCGUUAACCCUGCUCUACAUAAUUUUGUACACGGCACUACAGUGCAUCAGUCAGCUAGCAAAGAGCUUAUUCGGAUCUGUGGUACGCUGACAAUUACACUGGUAAUCGAGGGUAAAGUGGCAGCUGAAAUCCGUUCAUGAUGGCGAUGUUCCGCAGUUUUGUGUCGGCUACCCAGCUCAAGCAGCAUCACCAUCAACAUCAACUGCAGAGCGGGGCAGCCGCGGCCGCCCCCGGUGAGAGCAUCGAGAGCCAGUUCUCUUGCCCCAUUUGCUUGGAGGUCUACCACAAACCUGUCAGCAUCGCAAGCUGCACACACACGUUUUGUGGGGAGUGUCUGCAGCCAUGCCUGCAGGUGACAUCACCUCUCUGCCCACUCUGUCGUAUGCCUUUCGACCCAAAGAAGGUGGACAGGUCCUCUAAUGUCGAGAAACAGCUGUCAUCCUAUAAGGCUCCCUGCCGGGGCUGCAGUAAGAAGGUGACUCUGGUGAAAAUGAGGUCACAUAUUUCAUCAUGCACCAAGGUUCAAGAACAGAUGGCUAACUGUCCCAAAUUUGUACCAGUUGUACCUACUUCACAGCCAAUCCCCAGCAAUAUUCCAAACCGCUCCACCUUUGUGUGUCCAUACUGUGGGGCCAGAAACCUGGACCAGCAGGAAUUGGUCAAACAUUGCAUGGAGAAUCACCGCAAUGAUCCCAACAAAGUGGUGUGUCCGGUAUGUUCAGCCAUGCCUUGGGGUGACCCCAGCUAUAAGAGCUCCAACUUCCUGCAGCAUCUCCUACACCGGCACAAGUUCUCCUAUGACACUUUUGUGGACUACAGCAUUGAUGAGGAAGCAGCGCUGCAAGCAGCCUUGGCCCUCUCGCUGUCUGAGAACUGAGGACCCCUUUCUCGGUUACAUCAUCACCCUGUCCCUCUCAGAUCCUCAGUGUUACAGCCAAUGAGGAUCCCUUCUCCUCUUCUCCCUUUCUACCUUAGUCCUGUUUCAGUCAGAGAUCCAAGGACGCAGUCUGUCCUGGACUCUGACUCAUGUCUAC